AUCUAAAGAAGCACGGGUCUUCCGCCCCCCCCCAGGGUCCUGUGCGGGGGGCAAUCAUGCAUUGAACAUGGAAAGGAACAGAAGCACAAAUGCGUUUGGAAAAUAGGGAGAAGGCAAAUCCACAAUGAUGACGACGCUGUUAUGCUGUUAGAGGGUCGAGAAAAUGAACGGGAUAAGGAUGGUAGAUAGGGUUUCUGGGGAAAGCGAGUCCUCCUUUUAGAGGGUCGAAGACGUAGACCCCCACCCCUCCAUCACAUGCACCAGACCACGAUCCAUAUGGAAAAGGAUGACUCACUCUCUCCAUUUUAUAAUCCAAUCCACCACCGCCUCCUCAAAAGGUAUCUAAUUCUCUCAUUCCAUCAUUCACAUGCCGACAAAAUCCCCCCACUCGCCUCCAUUUACUUAUUAUAUAUACCUCCCUUCUGCUUCCCUUUGUGUGUGUGUGUGUACAUAUCUUCGCCGUCUGCUUCUCUGAUAUAUUCGAAAUGGCGGUUAUCGAGUGGUUGCUCGGCGGUAUCGCUUCUGCUUCGACAGUCGUGACGGUGUUAACAAUGGUCGUGGGAGUGCUGUGGUAUUUGUACGGACCGUAUUGGGGAGUGAUGAAGGUUCCGGGCCCGCCAGCUGUUCCGCUGCUAGGUCACCUUCCCUUGCUCGCCAAGUAUGGUCCUGAUCUCUUCUCUCUCCUUGCCAAGCAGUAUGGCCCAAUCUACAGAUUUCAUAUGGGAAGACAACCACUGAUAAUCAUAGCAGAUCCAGAGCUAUGUAAAGAGGCCGGCAUCAAAAAAUUCAAGGACAUCCGAAACCGAAGCAUUCCCUCUCCCAUUUCGGCUUCCCCUCUUCACCAAAAGGGUCUCUUCUUCACCAAGGAUUCGAGAUGGACUAUCAUGAGAAACACAAUACUGUCGGUGUACCAGCCAUCACACUUGGCCAACUUAGUGCCCAUGAUGCAAUCGUGUAUAGAAUCUGCAACCCAGAAUCUCGAUUCCAGCAAAGAAGACAUAAGCUUUUCUGAUCUCUCCCUCAGGUUGGCUUCUGAUGUGAUUGGAGAGGCGGCUUUUGGUGUCAACUUUGGACUCUCAAAUCCUCAUUUAGUGUGUAAUCCAAUGAAGAGUGGUAGCGCUGCAAAUGCUAGCGAUGGAGUAGCAGAUUUCAUCAACAAACACAUAUACUCCACCACACAACUAAAGAUGGACUUGUCGGGUUCCUUCUCCAUCAUACUUGGUCUUCUUGUCCCUGCACUCCAAGAGCCAUUCAGGCAGAUUCUCAAGAGAAUCCCUGGCACUAUGGAUUGGAAAAUUGAUCGUACGAACAAGAUUUUGAGCGGUCGUCUUGAUGAGAUUGUGGAGAAGAGAAUUCAAAACAGGGACCCGAGUUCUAAGGAUUUCUUGUCACUCAUACUGAAUGCCAGAGAAUCAAAAACAGUGCCAGACAAUAUCUUCACUCCAGACUAUGUCAAUGCAGUCACCUACGAGCAUCUUCUUGCUGGUUCAGCGACCACAUCCUUUACCCUGUCUUCCAUUGUGUACUUGGUUGCUGAGCAUCCGGAAGUGGAGAAGAAGUUGCUUGCAGAGAUUGAUGCAUUUGGCCCACCUCAUGAAAAACCCACGUCUAAUGAUCUUCGUGACAAAUUUCCUUAUCUUGAUCAGGUGGUUAAAGAGUCAAUGAGAUACUACACUGUCUCCCCAUUAGUUGCCAGAGAAACAACAAAUAAAGUAGAAAUAGGAGGUUACCUUCUCCCCAAGGGGACAUGGGUGUGGUUAGCGCCUGGAGUUCUAGCUAAAGAUCCAAGAAACUUUCCGGAGCCAGAAAAGUUCAAACCCGAGAGGUUUGACCCAAACUGUGAAGAAUCGAAAAGAAGGCAUCCUUAUGCAUUUAUACCAUUUGGAAUCGGUCCUCGGGCCUGCAUUGGCCAGAAAUUUUCCAUACAAGAGAUCAAGCUUACUCUAAUUCAUUUAUACCGCAGAUACGUGUUCCGUCACUCCCCAGACAUGGAAAAACCCGUACAACUUGACUAUGGCAUUGUUCUUAACUUCAAGAAUGGUGUGAAGCUCAAGGCCAUUAAAAGAACAGAGUAUACUAAUACACCAAUAUAACUGGUGGUGAAUUGUAUAACCAGUCAUUAGCCAGGUGUCUUUGCUUCCAGAGUAAACAAUAAAUAAUUAUCUUAAUAGCGCCUUGAGAUGAAAAUUCUUAUAAGAUGCCGUCAUAUCUUAUCUUGAA